ACAAGAUUGUUCUCGAUCUUGAUAAACUGAAUUCUGGUACGAGUUACCACAAGUUACAAACAGUAGUCUACAUAUAUUUUUAUUACUUACAAAAUCUGUAAAAUGUCUUAAAUAAAACGAUUGUCUUGAUGUGUUGCUCUAAUAUAUUUCGGACGAAAAAAACAGUUUAAACAGGGUAUUCCUUUAGGUUAUAAAAAAGUUGUUAUCAUUUUUAGUUUUCAAAUUCAUAUACUGUUAAUUUACUAAAAAUGUUUUGUUGGGGGAACGCAACACAUCACGAAUUAUGUAUUGAUGGGUCUGACAAUCUUGAUUUGAUCAUAAAGCCAACAAUUUCGAAAUGGAAGGAGAGUGGUCAUAUACAAUCAGUAGCAGCUGGAGAGUUCCAUUCAUUAUACUUGACCAACAUUGGCCAUCUGUAUUCAUGUGGCAACAAUGAUGUUGGGCAGUUGGGGCGGCAUACAAAGGAUGAUGAUGGAAAAUAUCCAGGUUCUCUUGUAGAAACAUUUAAAGGUUGCAAUUUAUCUGCAAUAGCAUGUGGAAUGCAGCAUUCAAUGGCAAUUGAUGAAUGGGGACAACCUUUUAGUUGGGGUUCUGACAGUAUGGGUCAAUUAGGUAGUAAUCUAGGGGCACAUGCUCAAGAUAAACCUAAAAUUAUCAAAUUAUUAGCUACAAAAAAUUUAAUACAGAUUGCUUGUGGUUCUUACCAUUCUAUAGCAUUGACAAAUAAUGGUGAGUUAUAUACCUGGGGUGCAAAUAGUUUUGGUCAGUGUGGUUUAGGCAUGAUGUCAAAUAAGGAAACAACACCACAACAGAUAACAUCAUUAGUUGGUGUCCCCAUUGCGUUGGUGACUUGUGGGAGUAACCAUACAUUUGUUUUAUCUAAAUCUGGAGCUGUUUAUGGGUUCGGAAAGAAUAGUCACGGUCAAUUAGGACUACAAGAUAAGGAUAACAGAUGUUAUCCUACUCAUUUGAAAUCAUUACGUAAUGUUAAGGUCUGUUACAUUUCAUGUGGGGAAGACUUCACAGCGUUUUUAACGUUAGAUGGUGGAGUGUUUACAUGUGGUUCAGGGGAAUAUGGACAGACAGGGCACGGGUCGGUCAGAGAUGAAUUGGUUCCUAAAAAAAUAAUGGAAUUAAUGGGCAGUACAGUGACGCAAAUAGCGUGCGGACGUAGGCACGUACUAUGUCGCGUGGGCGAUCGCGUACUCGCGUGCGGAUACGGCGCGCGCGGACAACUCGGCUGUCCGCAUAUGGCUUUCGCACUUGUUCCCACGCCCGUGCCAUUUACUCCUAACGAUGAAUCACCGUUUUCCACGGCCCUCAGCGGCCCUAUACGUGUUUUCGCGGGCGGUGAUCACAGUUUUCUCGUAGUCCAUAGUGAUAAAACGAUACAAACUGACGCCCGGAUACCAGAUGCUAAGAAACAAAUACUCACACUAAAUAUACCUAAACUGGCCGCUUGCGAGGUCUUCAAGGACGACGAUGUAGUGAAUCAGGAUCUAAUGGCAUACUUAGAGACAGUUUUCGGAUCUCUAUCAUGUUUGAAUGCAUCGUUCCUGUUACAAAAUAGCGCACAUUAUGGAUGUAAUACAAAAGUACCUGGAGUUGACAUUAAAAAGGCUGAAGAGGCGUUUAGUAUCAUCAGUCGAUUUGAAAAUACAUCUAUUAAAGAGUUGAUAUUCAGUAAUCUAACAGAGAACGUAAUAAAGGGGGUUAAGAAUUCGCCACCAGAUGCUGAAGCUCUGAGAGUUUUUCUCCUCUUGCCUUUGUACCACGAGAUGAGGAACCCAAGGCGACAUCCCGAAUUACAAGGUCCAUUCGCCGAAGCAUUCAACAGGUUAUUAGUCCAUCCUCAAAAGAUCGUCCACUUGUGGUGGGAGGCGCAAACGGCGGAGUACUUUGAGAUGCUCGUUGAUAUUUUUAAGAGUGUCAUUGUGUACGAGUUGAUGCAGCCUGUGGUCAGGCUUAAUAAGAGAUUAAAUUUCACACACAGCAUAUUACAAAUACUAAAUGCUCUAUCGACGCUAAAUAAAAUUAACUUCACGAAUCCAAAGAAUCCAAAAAUACCAGCAGAAUGUUUUUAUAUUGAAGACCUAAGUGGACAUGUUAACAUUGCUAAGGAUUAUAUUAAUUGGCUCUCGGAUCAAGAUCGUCUCCGUAAAAGAUCGUACCAAUCAGCAUUUAAUUCGUUACAGUCGAAUCAACUUCACCUCUGCAACUACGCAUUUCUAUUUGACGUGCAAUGCAAGUCUUUGCUACUAAAGAUCGAUCAACAGCUGCAAAUGCAAAUGGCUAUCCACAGAGAGGUUACGCAAAUAUUCACGAGACUUUUCAUGGAUCCGACGUACGAAUACCAUAGAGAUCAGUUUUUGCAAUUGUCCGUGUCGAGAAAUCAUAUUGUGAGAGACACGAUGCUGCAAAUCAGCAAUCAUGACAGCUCUCAGCUGAAGAAGCCGCUUAGAGUAGAAUUCUUAGGUGAGGAAGCGGAGGACGCUGGAGGCGUGAAGAAAGAGUUUUUCCUAUUGUUGCUUAAAGAAAUAUUUGACCCUGUCUAUGGGAUGUUUAAGCAAUCCGAGGAGACAAACAUGAUAUGGUUCUCUAACAACCCAUUUGAAGAUGAUGUCAUGUAUUAUUUGAUAGGUGCAAUAUACGGACUAGCGAUAUACAACUCGAUAAUCAUUUACGUGCCAUUUCCACUUGUACUAUACAAGAAAUUGUUAGACGAAUCUGUAAUAUUGGACGAUUUGUCUGACCUCUACCCAACACUGGCGAACAGUUUGAAGCAUUUGCUUGAAUAUCCGGACGAAGACGUUGAAGAGGUAUUCUGUCUAUGUUUCGCCGUAAACACAGUAGUGUUUGAUCAAGUUCAAGUGCACCCACUGAAGGAGAAUGGAGAGAAUGUGCCCGUCACACAUGAGAAUAAGGCGGAGUAUGUUGAUUUGUAUGUCGACUUUCUUCUGAACAAGUCUGUUGAAAACCAGUUUAAAGCUUUUAAUCAAGGCUUCCAGAAGGUCUGUGGUGGCAGAAUAAUUAAACUAUUUAGAUCUCACGAAUUAAUGUCUGUCGUUAUCGGCAAUGAGGAGUAUGAUUGGGAGGUUUUUGAGAGCAACGCGGAGUAUAAGAAUGGGUACUGUGCUACGGAUCAGCAAAUCAGAUGGUUUUGGGAGAUCUUCCACGAGUUAUCGUUGGAGGAUAAGAAAAAGUUCCUACUGUUCCUUACUGGAAGUGAUCGUGUGCCCAUACAAGGCAUGAAAGAUAUCAAGAUUGUUAUUCAAGCCGUUGCAGACGAUCGUUAUUUCCCAGUAGCCCAUACUUGCUUUAACCUAUUGGACCUUCCUCGGUACAAAACGAAAGAACGUCUCAAAUACUACCUCGUUCAAGCCAUUCAGCAGACGCAGGGAUUCUCUCUUGUUUAAACGCAAACGCCCGUUUAGUGACACAAGUGCUGGUCUAGUAGGUUGCUAUCGUAAAUUAUCACGAACGCAUUUAGUAUUUAAAUUUGGGCCCAUAUUCAAAUUUAUCGCAAGUCUUGAUUUAGUAAAACACUUUCACUAAAAUUAUUUUUGAAAUUUUGCUGAUUUUAUUAAUUUUUUUUUUGAUUCACAAAUAUAUUUUUUUAAUCCUUAAACUAGAUUUUGGUUUAAGUUGAAUUUGUUAAUAUGGGUAAUAUGUCAAUAUACAAUGAAUGUGAAAUUUUUAUUAUGUAUGAAUUAUAAUUAAAAACAUUUUAAAAUACUAAAACGUUAUUGAAUUAUAAUGCGAUUCGUGUUUUUCUUUGUUCAAUGUGUUCGUAAAAUUUUAUUAUUAUUACUUAAUUUAUGAGUCACAAGAAAUGUGUAUAUGCAUUAUACCACUUAACCUCCGUCAAAUAUGUGCACUAUAUAACUGACGGCUCGUAGUAAUUACGGUUCGUACUUUGUUUUAGAAAUCCAAUGUUAGAAAAUAAAUACACAUUAAGAAGCCGAGCCAUGAUUUAUAUAAUUAAUCACGUAGACAAUUCGGUGUAACAGAACAAAACAGGUGUGAUUAUUAUAAUAUCCUAAAAUAGAUCAAUGUUAUGUGGUGUCUAUUUAUAUGCAAAGUAAUAAUAAUGUCAGAAAUUUUAUUUGUAAUAAUUUCAAUUCAAGUAAUCAAUUAUUAAUUUGUCACACACACAAAUGGUUUUCGUAUUGAGGCUUACUUCCGUCAAAGCAAAGAACAAAGCCCUAUUGAAAUUUUAGGACCAAAUUUUAUGCUUACCAUUGUACAAUUAUGUGUACAAAAAAAUAUAACCCAUAUUACUAAAGAAAUAUUGAAAAAUAGAUGUUUACGUACAUUCGCUCGUAACGAAUAUCUAGAGUCAAUAUAUCUAUAGACAAUUCGAAGUUAUUACUAUUCUUAUAAAAAAAUCACCAAUAUUUAAAAUUAUAAAUAAUAAAGCCGUCUCUAUUUCUUUGUGUUUAUUUCACAACCACAAGAAAGAUUUGUAUUUCUAUGAACUAAAUCUAACGCGGCUUAGAAUUUACAGCGGGUGUUAGUUUAUUAAACGCGUCCACAUUUGUGAGGCUUCGUUAUAAUUCUAGUUAUCGCAUGAUAUGUUAAUUUUUGGGAUGUUAUUGUUAAUCAUUUUAUUUCGUUGAUCGCUUGAGGAAGCUGACAUUGUUAGUGUGGCGCGUUUCGUGUGAUCGUGAUUGGACGAAUGGGACGUAUCGCGUCUGACAAUUGACCAAUAACCGAACGAAAAGCGCCUCUAUUGUUUAUUCCUAAAGCAUGAAGCGAUAAAUGGCAUAUUUUUAAUGUUGAAUUGGCAUCAUGUUAUGUAUAAGCUAUCCGGACAGUAAGUUGUUUCAUCAAUUAAACUGAACAAUUUUGAAUAACUCUUCUUAUAAUCUGUGGAAAUUUUUGACACAGAUUAUGAAAUGGAACACAUGAAGCUUCUUAUUGGACGAAUAGCUUGUCAAAAAUUGAACAGGUAGAUAACACUGGUUAGCCUGUGAUAUAGUUUAAUCAGACAAUAUUACUUGCUUUGUCAUGUUUUUUUUAUUUUGUAUGAUUGUACAUCAUGUGCAAAGUUGACCACAUUGACUGUUUAUUGCUGAAUAUAAUUUCGAAGCAUUUAUUUAUGCAUCUAUUGUAGCUCAUUCUAUGGUGUGGUUUGAGAAAAAUAUAUUAUUUUCUUAUUA